AUGUCUUCAAAGAAUGAGAAGCUAAGCAUAAAGAUAAAAAUAAAAGGCUUCAGUCACCAAGGCUGUUUAGUUUCUUUCCAAAUCCAAGCUUACAAUAGCGAUUCAUUAAAAUUUAUAAUCGAAACCUACAAGAGAUUUUGGAAAAGCGAAUCCGCCAAGAACAGGGAGAGAUGCAACUUCAUUUUACACAAAGAUAUUUCUUUGUAUGCUUCAACAUCAAAUGAAGAGAUCUUGAUAGAUAAUCUAAAGUGUGGUGGUCACAGAAUCCAUCAGGUAUUAAAGUGGUGUCCUUUAGACUCUAUGGCUACCUCCGUUUGGAACGACAACAGUCGACCAAAUGUGUUUCAACGACAAAGCAGCACCCCAGAUGUAGUUCUUGUACCUUUAUAG